UUAACUAACAGAUUGUCAAUCCACAUGAAAACAAAUCACUAAUGCAUUUUCGUUUAAUGCGGAUGUGUUUCAAAACCUAAUAGUAGGCUAUAUUAACUUAGCCGGUUGUAUCGCGCAGCUGUGUGAACUUGAACGUCCUUUUGUCCAAAACACUCGUAUUUAACUGUGUGUAGGUGUUUCUCGGCAAUGCACACCGACUGUAGGCCCGAUAGCACGCGUUGGCCACUGGGUGUCGCUCUGGAGCAAAAAAUGGCGCGGCAUCUCCCCCACCCCCUAAACAUCUCCGAAUGUGUGCAUGUGUGCGAAUGUGUAGCGCCGAGAAACUCAGAAUGGCCAGAUUCACUCAGACUGAGACAAGAAGGGAGCAGCACCCACAGCCGCCCCAUCCCGCUUACUCCAGCCUGCUUUUCACUGGACCCGGGGCAGCACCGACCCAACAUCCACUCCUCCUAAUCCCGCACCAGCACCAGUACGCUCAGAUCCCAUUUCCUAAACCCAUGAACGGGUCAGAAUCCAUCUCCAUUCAUCCGGAGAACGGCACCAUGAAAGAUCAAGAUGCCAUAAAACUCUUUAUCGGGCAAAUACCGCGGAACCUUGAGGAAAAAGACCUGAAACCAUUAUUCGAACAGUUUGGGAAAAUCCACGAAUUGACUGUAUUAAAGGACCGAUACACCGGCAUGCACAAAGGCUGCGCGUUCCUCACCUACUGCGCCCGCGAGUCGGCCAUCAAAGCCCAGAACGCCCUCCACGAACAGAAGACACUGCCGGGGAUGACUCGCCCCAUCCAGGUGAAGCCAGCUGACAGCGAGAGCCGUGGAGAAGACAGGAAGCUGUUCGUGGGGAUGCUGAACAAACAGCAGACGGAGGAGGACGUGUACCGUCUUUUCGAACCCUAUGGAGUCAUCGAGGAGUGUACUGUGCUAAGAGGUCCGGAUGGAAAUAGUAAAGGCUGCGCCUUUGUAAAGUUCUCCACACACGCUGAAGCUCAGUCUGCAAUCAGCGCCCUGCACGGCAGUCAAACCAUGCCAACUGGCUCCGAUUCUCUCCUCCCUCAGGGCGCAUCGUCCAGCCUGGUGGUCAAGUUUGCCGACACGGACAAGGAGCGCACCAUCCGCCGCAUGCAACAGAUGGUGGGCCAGUUUGGCAUCUUCAACCCUGCCAUCGCCCUGCCCUUCAGCACCUACAGCACCUACGCGCACGCGCUGAUGCAGCAGCAGGCGGCCCUCAUGGCUUCCAGUCACGGUGGCUACCUGGCGCCCAGCGUGGCCUUUCCCACCACCCAGAUCCACCAGAUGGGGGCGCUCAAUAUCAACAGCCUGCCACCCACCCCCAUGACCCCGGUGUCGGGUGAGUUUCAUCAGACACUGGCAGGCCUCAGCUCACCGCCUGCCAACAUCACCACAUCAGCCGUCCCCAGCAUUGUCACUCCUAUCGUCAACGGCUUUACCAGCAUCCCUCACCAGCCCAACGGACACCCUGCGGUCGAGGCCAUGUACACCAACGGACUGCCCUCUUAUUCCACCCAAAGCCCCACGGCUGCAGACACCCCACAACAGGCCUUCACCGGGGUGCAGCAAUAUACAGCCAUCUACCCAGCGACCACACUGACCCCUAUUGGCCAAAGCUUGCCACAGCCACCGCAAGUCAUUCAACAGCAGCAGCAGAGAGAAGGUGAGGGACCAGAGGGCUGCAACCUCUUCAUCUACCAUCUACCGCAGGAAUUUGGCGACAACGAACUCAUGCAGAUGUUCCUCCCAUUUGGUACAGUCAUCUCCUCCAAGGUCUUCAUGGACAGAGCCACUAACCAGAGCAAAUGUUUCGCCACAAACCGGAGCGCUGCCUUUUAA